AGAUGCGUUUAAUUUUACAGGAAAGCAACCGACCCCUGACUUGGUUUGACCUCUGACCCCAUGACAUGACACUGAACACUGACUUUGUUUUACAGACCAAGGAGGAGGAGGAGGAGGAGGAGGAAGAUGUGGAAGAAGGGUUGAUUAUGGAGGAGGAGGAGGAGGAGGAGGAGGAGGAAGAGGCGGAAAGUCAGGAAGAUAUCGAACGUCUUCUUGACCCCAACUCUGAUACGACCCUGGGUCCGUUUACGAGACCUCCCAAAAUACCCCCACGAAUCAACAUCCUCUGGCGUGUUCGUCUGAGCGCAGCGGAAAGGGAGAAGAGAGAGAGGCGAAGGAGGCUGCAGGAGGCACGCGAGGCCCUCAGGAAAAAGCUCUCAGUGGCCUCCAUACACGGGGGAAUGCCGAAAGGGCAUUUUGGGCCGUCCAGAGCUGGUUCCUACGUCUCUUUGGCCACCAGGCAAUACCGUCAGCGUCAGAAUGGCCACGCCGUCCUCACUCCCCUCGAGGCCCCGUUGCCAGAGGGGGGAUUGAUGGGCCCGCCUCCCCCCUCAGCCGCCCGCAGCUUCCUGCCCCUCCGGAAGAGCUCCUCCACCUCCUCCUUCCUCGCCCCGCCCCCCUACUCGGCCGUGGGCAGGUCCGGCGGGAUGCACGUCAGGGGUUUCAAGCCGUCCAUCGCUUCCAAGUUGUUUGACCGCAAGACGGUGACCAAAGUGCAGCCCUUCAAAUUCCACGACUUCACUAGCAAAACCAACCACUGGUGCACGAUGCCUCACCACUGACAAGAAACCUUUAUGGAAGAGUCAAUUUUCACGCACACACACUCCCGUCACGAACUUAUAAGGACGAAGGAAAGUCUGAAGCAACACUGCCAGAUUGUCGUACUCAGCCUCCAAUGUUUGCCAAUUUCCCACCCCAAAAACUGCCUCCUCGACCCGAAUAACUGCCUUCAUUUAUAGCUAUCGUUAAAAUGGUUAAUUAUUGGUUUUUUGGCAAUAGCUAUGGCUCAGAAACCGGUAAAUACGAGGCUCUGAGUACGAUAAUCUGGCAACGGGGGUCUGAAGUUCUGUCUUGAUAGGUCUAUUCUUAAACGUAUCGAACUCCCAUUACGACUCUUUACCAGAUAGAAGACCAACCUGAUUUCCGUGGGGUUAUUUCUCCGUUCAUGGUGCAGAGGUUAACUAUCAUUAGGAUCAGGUUAGGAGCAGUGAGUAGCGGGCUUUUUUUUUUCAUUAUUGUUUUA